CGCUGCAGCUGUUACUUGAACACCUUUUGCAGCAGCUUCAAAGGAGGGACCCGCACGGAUUUUUCGCGCUGCCUGUGACGGACAUGAUCGCUCCGGGCUACUCCAUGAUCAUCAAGCACCCGAUGGACUUCAGCAGCAUGAAGGACAAGAUCGAACGCAACGCCUACCAGUCGCUCACCGAGUUUAAGGGGGACUUCAAGCUGAUGUGUGACAAUGCGAUGACCUACAACCGCCCGGAGACCGUGUACUACAAGGCAGCCAGAAAGCUCCUGCACACGGGAUUCAAGAUGAUGUGCAAGGAGAAGCUGGUGCUGCUCAAGCGGAGCAUGGUGUUCAUGCACAGCAUGGACCGCUCGCAGGAGGCCGCCAUCUACGGCGAGGGUGGCGGCUGCUCCUCCUCCUCUCCGCUGCUGUUGUUGCUGCCCGGCGGCGGUGGUGGCGCCGGCGCCAACAGCGACCACGGCUCCCUCUCGCCUGCCGAGCGCACCGAGGCCGGCCGGCGAGCACGCAAGUCCGGCAGGGACGCACUGAGCUUCCCCGCGGCGGUGGCGGCGGCCUACACGCCGGAGUCGAGCGCGUGCAGCCUCGCGGGCAGCAGCACGGGGGGCAGCAGCACGGGGGGGGGCAGCAGCACGGGCGAGGAGGACGUCACCGCGCUGGCCGAGCACGCGGCCGACGAGGCGCGCGAGCGCCUGCAGCACGGCCGCCCCCGCAGCAAGAUCGGGUUCCUCCGGCGGGACUGCGGUGGCUCCACGUCGCUGGCGGUCGUCAACCCUUCGGACCCGGACACCGAGGAGGAGGAGAUGUAUCCGGUGAACAUGGGCGUUCUCGUCGGAAAGAUUCAUCCAGGAAUCCCGGUGCCUCCCGGCUUCAGGGACGACCGACGGGGAAAGCUCAGGCCAGUGACGUACCUGAACUACGGCCCCUACAGCGGGCAGCCACCGGUGCCGCCGCCGCCACCGCCGCCGCCCUACGAAGGCCCCCUCGCCGGCCUGCUCGACGGCGCCGCCUCCUCCUCCCAGCUGCUCUACUCCACCUACGGGGACGACGCCGCCGUGCAGUACGCGCUCAGUCUGCAGGAGUUCGCCAAGGGCUGUGGGGAGUACGCGGCGCGUGUGGUGGAUGAUCUUCUCGACGCCCUCACCAGCGGGGAGCACUCACGCACGCUGCGCCUGCUACACGAGAAGCAGCAGCAGCAGAAGGAGAAAGUGGAACAGGUCAUCGUCGCUGCCCUGGCAGAAGAAACGCAGAUAAAGGCCGACCCGGGCGUCAGAAAAGUCUGCCACCCAAGCGCCGUUGAUUUUGCAUCGUUUGAACUCUCGCUGCUUGAGCCGUUUGGCAAGGAGAAGGCUGAAGGGAGCCAACAGGCCAGGCCAACGUCCGCCAUCUUGCAGGAGCCGCAGGUGCCUGGGGCCAACCAUGGCGACGGCCCGGCCGCGGGCCUCGUUGCCGCCCCCGCCGCGGUGGCCGCGGGCGACGUGGCUCCCAAGGCGAAGACGACAACGACGACGAUGACGAAGAUGAUGGUCGCCAUGUCGGCUGCCGGCACCGGGGCCCGGCCGUGCCCCGAGGAGGUGCCACCCCCGAGGCUCGUGCCCCAACCACCACCACCACCGCCGCCACCACCACCACCUCUCACUCCCUCGCUCGGGUCGCCAUCGCAGCUGAGCGCCAACGAGGUGGAAGACGACGAGAUCGACCGGGAGCUGCGCGAGUUCCUCCAGUCCCCGGGCUCCGACAGCGCCGCGUCGUAGCGGCACCACGCGGGC